AUGUCCAGGGACCACUUUAAGUACUUGGAGCUCUAUCUAGAGGACUACAUUGAGGAAAUCGGGAUCUUACGGAUUACAUCGGAACCAACGAUAAAAACGGUUCGAUCUGCUGCUUAUAACCACUGGAAAAAAACCGUCGAAUCGGUGGCCGGUUGGACCGGAUUAGUAACCGGCCGGAUUAGCCCUUCAGCGCCGCCGGCGUCCCCAGGUCCUCAGCGCCGUCGCUUCUUCUUCUUCCCCGUGUCCGGAACCCAGGUAGUUCGGUACGUCGUCUUCAUCUUCGCUGGCUUCUCGGCACGGAACCCAGAAGACGGUGGUUCAAUCCAUUUUCAUUUCUAUUCAACACAUGGUGAUGGUGGUUCAGCAUUUGAUGAUUGCAGCUUCUCACGUGUCUCUGAUCUUGAAGCUGCUGCUGUUGUUCAUGAUUCUGGGAGGGGAAUUGUAGAAUUUGUCAUAUGGUACUACAUACCCUUUGAUGCAAAAACUAAGGCAAGUUUUGGUGGAAGAACCUUUGAGGAAGAAUUGCAGACCCUUUUGCCUAAAGAAGUUAAGGGUGCAAGAAUUGCAUAUGAGAAUGGACAAAGUGUGUUACCAAACAAGAUCAAGGAGUCCAGGUCCUAUCCAUUGUACAAGUUUGUGAGGGAGGAGUUGGGGACUGAGAUGCUAACUGGUGAGAAGGUUAGGUCACCUGGUGAAGAAUGUGACAAAUUGUUCACGGCAAUGUGCCAAGGGAAGAUCAUUGAUCCUCUUCUAGAGUGCACUGCAGAGUGGAAUGGUGCUCCUCUUUCAUCAUGUUAGGUUUAAAGUUUGGUUCAUCUUUUUCUUUCUAUGUUUGUAUUUUUUAUUAUAUUGCUAAGAAUUUGGUUUGUUUGUUAAGCAUGUGGGAAAUCAGAUGCAGAGAUUUGUUAAGCAUUAAGAGUGAGUGUGAUUGAUGAUGUAAUAGAUAAUCUCUCAUUUGUUUGCCAUUGCUUUUUGGGCAUAGAUACAAAUA